AUGGAAGACCCAAUCCAAGAGAUUCCCGGCGUUGUCCACCGUCUUACCCAAGGCUCGCCAAAACAGCAAGAGGAAGCCAUCAACAAUUACUUCACGUCCAAUGCCUCUUUCUCACAUCCCCUCUGUCGUACUGGCAGCUUCGAAGGCAGUAGGCAGCUGAUCCAUGCCAUCUUCCGCUGGUACAAGGUCAUGAGCCCGAAGAUCGAGUUGAGCGUCAAUGGGGUUGGUAAGUCAAAUCCCAAUGCUUCCAACACAGGCGACAUAUAGUGAAUCUCCUCUCACGCUCUUUCUGCUCCAGCAUUCGACGAAACCAACCUCAUCCUCUACGUCAACAUCUCCCAGGUCUUCGCCAUCUGGCUCGUCCCCUUCCACCGUGCCCCGGUCACCCUUACAACGCAACUCCAACUUGUCCGCGGUUCUCCCUCUCGAAAAUACUACAUUCAAUCGCAGAACGACCUGUACCAAGCCGACCAACUCGUCAAGUUUUUCGCACCCUGGGGUAUUGGACAGACGUUCGUCCUGCUUGUAAACUUCUGGGCGACGUUUCUGUGUGUGGUAAUGGCCUGGUUGGGAUCGCCGUUUACGAGGUAUAUGCAGGCUCGAGCAGAUCAGGGAAGUCAGACGAACGGAGAGGUCCGAGGUAUCACCUAUCAGGUCAACAAGACGAAGCCGAUUGCUGGGAAUAUGGUGAAUGGAAGUCAGCCGAAUGGGGAGAGGACACAGGCUAUUUUGAAGUCGGAUUGA